CAAGAUUACAACGUUAAACAAACAGAGGACUGAUUCACAACUAAAGGCCAAGCCCAAAAGUUAAAGAUAGUGUGGAGAGGGCAUAAACAAAUUGCAGACCACAAUUCCUAGAAGUUUAUGCUUAAAUAGAUUUGGAUUGGUUGAGAGGCCCGUCACAAAGCAAAUCCAUAGGCCUACACACACGUACAAUAUUUUCCUUUUUUUUGAACGAACACACACACGUACAAACUAGAAAGAAGAUAAUUGGGAGGAAUAUUGGGUUUCGGGGAAGAAUAAGACAUUUCAUCUUUAGCUUUCGUCAAAGUGGUGGUGCCACGUGAUACUUUUCAGAAUCCACUACUCCACGUGCCCUUUUAGUUGUACCCCCUCCUCAAUCCACAAUUAUUGAUUUUUAAUCAUAGAUUAACUUUUUGGUUAUGUACUACCUUUUGGCUCUCCCCAUGUUGUUUUCCCAAAUGAAUCCUAUUUUAAAAUCUUUUUGUUGUGUGUUUGUGUAAUCUGAUAUACAACAAAAUUGGCCUGCAAAAUAAAUACAUAAGCUAUUAAGGGUACCCAGCUAUUAAUUGUGUGGUCAUCAAAAGUUGUGAAAGCCCUUUUUCACUGAAAAACAACUCAUCUGUGUAUUUAUAGAUAACAUCAUAAGAGUUAAAUGUUUCUCUGUACUUUUGUUACAGUAAUCAUUUUGCUUAGUGGUCCUGCCUCAUGUGAUUAUUCCUCUUUACUCUUCUUAUUUAUCUUAUAUCUAUCCAUUUUAUAUAAUAUCGUAUAAGAAAAUAGUUACUAUUUAUAAAAAGAACAUAAAACUCUUUUAUAUAAAAGGUUUAAUACAGCUGUAUUUUAUAUAGAGUACUGUAUAUUCUAUGAACACAAAAUCUCAGUAACCAUCGCCAGCUUCCCCCUUUGACUUCUGGCAUCUGCAUUGUAUUUACAAAACUAAAAAUGGUUUUAGUACAGAAAAACAAAACAGUUUCUAUAAUUGAUUUCACAUGUUGUGUUUUUGCUCUCGGGAAGGAACUAAGAGGAAGAUUGAACGACACCCUUUCAAUACCUGUUGUCACCAAUAGCCUUUAUUAUUUGGUACUAGUAUUACUCCCUCUGUUUCUGAAAGUAGAAUUUUCUAGAUUUAUUUUUUGUUCCAAAAUGAUAGAUUUUCUAAAAUUUUAAGGUACUUUUAGUAGUUAAUGUUGAAAAGUUUGUAUAGUUUUAAGAAACAUUAAUUGAAAAUAUUUGAAUUGAUUAAAUACUAUUGGUUGAUGUUUAUUCGAAAAUGUAUAGUAAAAUAAAUAAUAAAUUCAAUUAUAAAAAAUUAAUUGUUUUCUUAAUAUGCGUGAAUACUCUAGAAAAUUCUUCUUUUAGGAACAGAUGGAAUAUUAAAGUUCAUAGUGUUUAUCCAAUUUCUAUAGUACAAAAAAGAUUGUCCAAAGUGCGUUGAGACAAAAAAAAUUGCAUAAACAUACAAAUUUACAAUUUAGAAAAUUUAAAAAUAUCAAUGUAGCUUCACAUAUAGUCAAGAAAAUGAGAUGUUAUAUAAUUUUGUAGCUAAGUUUAAUUGUAAUUUCCUUAUAACAAAAAGCUUCAAUUAAAUUUCAUAGUAAAUAACAAUUUAUGCUUACACCUGCAAUUUAUUUCAUAAGAUUUAGCUAAGUUCCAUCUCUAUUACUAUUAAAUUGCAGAAACACCAUCAGGCCAUGUGCUAUUAAUUCCUGAUUUUUUCUUUUAAUAUGUGUGAUCAAACUACAUAUUUUUGUAAAUGAAAAAGGCAUUAAAACAGAAGAACAACUAUAAUUAGCUACCUAAUUAUAAUUAGUAACGUUAAAUCACCUGUUUUUACACAACCAAUGUUUACAAUAAUAAUAAAAUCAAAGAGAAAGGAGAGAGAGAGAGAGGGUUUAACAAUACCAACCACUUUUGUUUUAACCACCACCCGUCCCUUCUCUCUCUCUCUCUCUUCCCAAACUCCAUUUUUCUCUGCAAAUCUCAAUACACGCAAACCCUAGUUUACUCCGCCGUUCUACACCGUCAAUGUGGCGGCCGUGGCGUAAAUCGUCGGUUAAGAUUCACAACACCUUCUCUCCCACCGCCUCCUUCAAAGACAUCCACCACCUCUGCACCACCGACGAUUCAUCUUCCUUCCCUUCUUCUCCUUGCGCUUCUCCCUCUCCCUCUCCUAACAACGUCUCCAGAGUCUUCCACCGAGUCUGCGCCGCGAAUUUGAUCCUACGUUCCUGGCCGACUCGUCCGUCUAACAACCUCCUCCGCGCGGAUUCCGAGCCUAUACGUCGCAAUCACGAACCGGAUCCGAAGCAAUCGAAACCCGAACCGGAUGCUAUACGCAUUUCAAUCCUCGGCGCGGAGAGCAGCAUCGUCGUCUACUUCACCAGCCUCCGCGUCGUUCGUCCCACGUUCGAAGCCUGCCGUGCCGUCACCGCGAUCCUCCGCAGCUUCCCCGUGCGAAUCGACGAGCGAGAUCUCUCCAUGGACGCGUCGUUCGCAACCGAGCUGGAUCGGAUCUUCGGCGGCGGCGAGAAGGAUCUUCCGAAGACGCCGAAGCUGCCGCGAGUCUUUAUCGGCGGUCGUUACGUCGGAGGAGCUGAGGAGGUGAAACAGCUUCACGAGAUCGGAGAGCUGAAGAAGCUCGUGCAAGAGCUGCCGAGAGUUGAGCCAGGCGUGUGUGACACGUGCGGCGGUCACAGAUUCGUACCGUGCAACGCCUGUCACGGUAGCCAUAAGGUGCACACGGAGAAGCUAGGGUUUAGAACGUGCUCGGCCUGUAACGAGAACGGUCUCGUUAGGUGUUCGUCUUGUUCGUUUCCGCAUCUCACUCCCUAACUUCUAGAUUUUAUUUUAUUUUAUUUUGCUUCUUUUUUUUGGGUUUAAUAUUCUACAUGAAGAUUGGAAUAAUUAAGAAUAAUUGUUUUGUGUAAUUCAGAAAAUUCCAAUUUGUAAAAUUCGAAAUGGAAAGUGGUAGCUUCAGCUUGUUUUUAGA